AUUUCACGUUUAUUUUCUAGUGUUUUUAUACACAAAGGAGCCAAAACAAAAUGACGACGUCAUUGGCUCAACAACUACAAAACUUGGCUGCGCCGCAGACAUCCGUUCCUUUAACGGAUGCACGCAGUCGCGCCUCGAUAUUAUUCGAUCCCAAAGAGGCGGCCACAAAAGACAGGCGAGCCAUCUACGAAAUCGGCUUGAGUGGUCUCCUCGAACUGACAGCCUUCAAUCCGAACUUCAAGGAGUUCCAACUAACGCUCUUCGAUGAGGCCACCCUAACAUUGGAGCGUGCCGUCGAGCAGGCGGAGGUCAACCAGCUGCUGGAUGCAGCAAUCGCCAAAUUCUUGCGCCUCUUGUCGCCCUAUUUUUUGCUGCGUCCGGCGCACAUGUGCUUUGAGUGGCUGCUGCGUCGCUUCCAGGUGCAUGACUACAAUCGGGAGCAGGUGAUGGCACUGAUAAUGCCAUACCACGAGACAAACACAUUUGUCCAAGUGCUCCAAACGAUGCGACUGCGCAAAUCCGACGAGGAUUGGUUCUGGCUGCGCCGAUUGCAGCGUCCUGGCGUCCCCCUCUCCAAGACGACCAUAGUGAAUCGUGCCGCGAGCGUGCCCUCGUUCCUCAGCUUCGUCUGUCGCAGCACACGCCAAGCGGUCAAGGAACUAGGUCCACGUGCCCCACAGCUGCAGGCACAGAUCAAUUUCUAUGCCACAGUUGUUGUGGGCGCACUGCAGACGGCCAAGCCACUGGAGGAUUGGCAUAUUUCGACCAUAUUGGAGUCGCUGCUGAAGGGUCUCGUCUCCGACACGGUGGAUUUUGUGGCUGCUUCCUAUGUAAUUGUCGCCCAGCUCGUCUCACGUACCAAACUGAAGACGAAAAUCUGCAACGCGCUACUGGAGCGUGUGGCCAACUGCACUUUCGAGCGACUGCACACAACGGCCCUGAUGCUGCUCAUCGCGAUUCAGGACAAGCAGCAGGCAGCCCGGCCGCAAUUCACACCCAAGACAAUGUUGAAUCUGGCCUGCCAGAAGUGGCUAAUUAACGCCUUGACUGCACUGGCCAAUGACAACAUUGCCAUCCGAGCCAUUUGUAUGCCGCUAGUGCGCGGAGCAGUUGCGGCCAUACGGGAGGGAGAUGAAUCAACGGCUACACAUCAGCAGUUUCUCGACAAUCUUCUGGCCAAUGUGCCGCUCUCCCAGAACGGCGCUCAGCAGCUAAUCAACUGUUUCCUGGACACUUUUGUGGACAUGGAUGAUGAUAAUGAAUCCAUGCGUAUGGACACCACUUUGCCUGAGAAUGAUGACGAGAAUACAAUCAUUAUUGAUUCAGAUGAUGAAAUGUUGCCAGCCAAAACCAAUUUUCAGACAUGGUAUACAGAGUUCCUCGAGAAACUCGAACGUCGCUAUCCGGAUGCCUUUGAUCUGAGUGUCAAGGCGGCGCUCAGCGCCAAGUCCAAGACAAGCAAUCGCAAGAAGGCACUCAAAUUGGCAUUGGGCUUUCGUUUGAAUACAACCGACGAGAAGGCGAAGCGUGUUUAUGAGAAGCUCUACCAUUACAGCGCCGACUGGCGUCUGAGCGCCGUGCAGCAGUUGCUACAGAAUCUAAAUGUGCCAAGGCGACGGGAGCGCUGCUUUCGCCUGUUGCAAGAAUGUCUGCCCGAUCGGAUCAAGGAUGAUAGUCCCGCCGUUGUUGCGGCGCUGCUUACACUGCCCACCGUUGAUUUUGUCCAGAUGCUCGGCGCUCGAUCCUUUGCUCAGACGCUGUGUGAACUGUUGCAACGUGCACAGCAGCAGCGGCAAACGCAAUGGGAUUCUGUGGUGCCACAAGCUGUGCAGCAUUUAACCACUUCUGCUGUUAGUGAUGAUUUCGACUCGAAUCUAUUGCUGCUCGCACUGAUGCCCUAUCUGUUUCCAUCGAAUGCACUGAGCCUCAAGGAACACGAAGCACUCCUGCUUCUGUUGAGCAGCAAUUUAGCGAGCAAGCUGCCAUUUCUGGGAGAGCUCAAUGUAUGCACUGAACAUGAGAAAUUUAAUGUCUCGCAGCAUCGGCAGCAAUUUCUGAAUGUAAUUGCCACUGCCGGCCAGCUGGCCAAUCAGCAAAUGGCGCUGCUCGAUAGCUUGGAGCAGCAUGGAGGCAUUGCCUAUCUACGCGGCGAGGCGACGCAGCUGACCCACUUGCUAAUCCUGCUCACCGCGUAUACCAAGCGCGAGUUGAGCGCCUCGGAGAGUCUGCAAAUGCUGCAACGUCUGGGCGUCUACACUAGCGGCUUUCACUUUCGCCUGACCAAGGAUGGCGGCAGCAACCACGGCCACAGCAGGAACAACAACGACAACUUUGUACCACUGCAGCUUUACGUGGACUUUUUGACAACACUCGCCAAGAAUACCAAGUUCCCGCAACUCUCGGCUACCCACUGGAAUCAAAUGACUGAUGAGCUGCAUCUUUGCCUGCUGCUCCUGGAUGUAUUGUGCGCUCACGUUUAUGAUAAACAUUGCGCCCCAGCUGAGCGCAGGGAAUGGACACGUGCUCUGAAGGAUUGCGUCAAUUUAAUGCUGCCCGAGGCGCAACAAAAACUCGAUUUUCUCUGCAACUUUUACGUAUACGAAACAUUGCCAGAGCUGUUUAGCAGCGCCUCGGAUUAUGCCGUGUUUCGCGUGCGCGGCUUUCAACUGUUGCAGGCACUGCUGCGUGCACCAACUGGCGGCGACAUCAACUGCAGUUUGUUGCACGUGCUUCGCAUAGCCAAUGCCUGCAAUUCGCCAUUGCAAACGCUGCGACAACAGGCACUACAAACGCUUCAACUGCUCGACCAGAAGAAACUGGAUGCACAUAUUGCCCAACUGGUCGAGUGUCUGCUGCAGCGUCAAAGUGAAUUGUGCAUGGAUCAUGAGCAAUAUGCGCUCAUCCUGCACACCAUACUCCAAAACAGGAAGUGCACGCCGAGAGAGAAACUGCUGUUGGCAAAGCUGCGUCGCAGUCUGUUGGAUCUGGUCUGCGAUGUGCAGCAGCCAGCAAUUUGCACUGCGGCUCUGUUAAAGGCCCUGAAGCACAUGAAUAAUGAGGCAAUGCUGACGGCUCUCUUGCCAUUAGCGGAGUCAGCAUUGAAGCAGGUGGCACAGAUUGAUCCCGGCAAUGAUAUACCACAGCUGGCACAACUUAGCUGGCCACAUAGCGAUAUUUACUGUGCCGUAAUUGAACGCUUCGAGGGAUCGGUUGGCUUGAGUGUACUGCAGAGCAAACCCAGCUCCUGGCAACUGCUGGAGGUGACUUUCAAGCAGCAUACCACCUAUGUGCAACUGGAACAGAAACUACAACCGCUGCCUUGUGUCCUACUCAACUCCGUGUCCCCGGAGACAUACGAGCAGCUGCAGAGUCAGCAUAAAGUGGCAUUGUUGCAGCUGAUUGUGGAAGCAGCCACUGCCGCGGAUAACGAUAGCAUCUUUCUGGCUGCACAUCGUCUGCUCAAGCGUUGCAGCAUCGAUUGCCAGUCCCUGAUACCCAUGUUGGCCAGUAUGCUGAGUCGCAGUACUCGCAGCACUUUGCCGGAGCGUCGAGUUCGUGGCGCAACUGAAACCAAAUUGGAUCUAACCUCCAUUGCCUGGAAACAGGGCAUGACCCUGCUCGAGCUGUUGGAGCAUAAGAAACAACUUGUUGGCGCUGAGCUACUCAUUCCCCAGCUCUUUGACCUGCUGCAGCUGUGCCUGACGUUGGAGGAGCACAGUGCGGCCGAGUAUCCCAAACAACUGAUCCUCUCCAGCCUGCUGCACUGCUGCGAAGCAGCGCAGGCGGCCGGUGUGCAGCUGUCCAAGGUGCUGCCCGAGUCGUGCUUCCGCAUCGAGCAGGUGGUGCAGUGUCUGCGCAACACACAGAAUCCACAGACGCAACAGCAUGCGUUGCUCUUCCUCACACGCUGCGCUGCACUGUAUCCGCAGCAGGUGCUGCACAAGAUUGUCGAGAUCUUUACGUUUGUUGGCUCGACGGUGGCGCGACAUGACGAUGCCUUCAGUCUGCACAUCAUACGCAAUGUGGUGGAGACCAUUAUACCCACACUGCUCCUCCAGCCGGGUGAACAACGUCAGCGUUUGGUCAUUGCAGUGCUGAAGGUCUUUGCGGAUAUCUGUAUCGAUGUGCCGCUGCAUCGACGCCUGCCGCUCUACGAGACGCUCUUCCGUGUGCUCAAUCCCCGCCAGCAUCUGUGGCAAUUCCUAUGCAUCGUACUCGAGUCACAAAUGCAAUUGGCACAGACGCCACACACGGCAGGCAAACAAGUGGACAGGCAGCGUUUGGAAUUUGCACGCGAGCUGACGCUGAUGUUCGAGCAGCCGGCUGUUAUUGUGGACACCUGUGUGCAUCUGCUCGACUACUUGGCCACACUGCCCCAGACUAAGGAGGCGCUUGCCCAGGCAGCCAGUUCCUCCUCGGCCAGCAGCAUAUCGCCGGAGCAGCAGCUGUUUGAUGUGCGCACGCGCAGUUUCAAGCAGCUGCGUCACUAUAAAUACCUCAUCAUGGAUUAUCUAUCCAGUGUGAGCAGCUCGGCGGAGUUCCAGACCAAACUUGGCAAACCCAAGCAGUCGCAGUUGGCGCUCUACCAACACUUCAUAGCCAAAACACUCUCCUAUGUGGUCGUCGUCAAUCAGGCACACCAGCUGGCCGAUAAUGUGCUCAAGAAAUACUGGCAUGUGCUGGGCAAUCAUGCACACGAUGUCCUGGACAAUGCCAUUGGACUGCUCAGGGCCGAGCAUUUCCUCAAUGUGAUUACGGAGCUGCUGCAGCACGAGCUCAUCCAUGUGCGCAUCAAGGUGCUGGAGUUGCUGGUCACCAAACUGACGCCACCCAGCGAUUACUUUGCCCAAUGUCAUUCAACCCACUUCGGAUUGCUUUUCGAGCCGCUGUGCACCAUUGUCGAUGGCAUCCUAGACACGGCCGGUGGCAAUAAUGCACAGCAGGCGCAGCUACAGCAGACGGCUCUUCAUGCACUCCAGCUGCUGGCCAAACGACACGGACCCGAUUACCUGGACGAGUGUCGCACGCUUCUGGCCAAGCUGACGCGCAUCGUCAAGCGACGCGCCAAUGUGCCCAAGGGUGUUGUCGGCAAUGUGGUGCUCACCCUCGUCGAGGUCUGUGCCAGCAUUAAGGCUCACGCUCUGGCCCAGUUGCCAAAGUUUGCGCCACAGCUGACGGAACUGCUGAAGGAACAGGUGCAGCUGCUCCUAACCCAACGGCAAACACCGGACUAUGUCUGCUCUGCUUUAGUCACUGCCUUGCAUAAGCUGUUUUUAACGCUGCCGCUCUUCCUGGGUCCCUAUUUGGUUGACAUCAUUGGUGCGCUGAUACGUCUCUCGGUGCAGUUGGAGAAUGCACAACUGGCCCAGGACAAACGGACGCAGGCCCUCAAGCUGCGCAUUGUGGACGUGUGGACGGCGGUGGCGCAGGGUGUGGAGGCACGCAUUCUGGUGCCCAGCUGUGCAAAGAGCUAUGAAUGUCUGUUGGAGGCAAAGGCUUACGAUGAGCUGGGUAUGCUGAUGCGCCAGCUACUCCUGCCAUGCAUCCAACACAAUGCCAACUCUGAACUGCAACCCGUACAGGAGACAUUAUCCGAGCUGUUCCUCCAGGCGCUCGAAUUCCGGCUGCAGGUGCGUGGACAUAAGCAGCAGCCGCAGCGUCAGCGCAUUGCAGAAAUUGAGGCGUCCGUGAGUGAGGCGUUUGUCGCCUGGAUACUCAAGCUAUCCGAGACGAGCUUCCGGCCCAUGUACAGUCGGGUGCACAUGUGGGCCAUGGAACGUACUGAGAUCCAGCCGAAGCUCACCUACUUCCUGCUGACCAAUCGCAUUGCCGAGGCGCUCAAAUCGCUCUUUGUGCUCUUCGCCGACGAGUUUAUCGAGGAUGCGGCACGAUUGCUACACGAGCACAACACAUCGCAUCCAGAGUUCUCCGACGAAGUUGACUCCGAUGAUAUUGUUGACCUGUUGUCGGCUAUUCUGAGCACAUUGCGUCACGUGUUCCUGCACUGCGACAGCGAUUUUAUCAAUGAUCAUCGCUUCAAUACGCUAAUGCGUCCUCUUGUAGAUCAGCUGGAGAACAGCUUGGUGCUGGCCAGCGAGUGUGAGACGUUACAGCAAACACUUUCAGAUUGCAUCGCCCAAUUGGCUGCCGCUAGCAACGAUGUGCUGUGGAAGCAGCUCAACAACCAGGUGCUGCUCAAGACACGCAACUUUGCGCCCGAAGUGCGCAUCCUGGCCUUCAACAGCAGCGUUGCGAUUGCCCGCAAGCUGGGCGAGAGCUUCGCUCCGCUCCUGCCGGAGACGGUGCCAUUCAUAGCCGAACUUCUCGAGGACGAGCAUGAGCGUGUGGAGAAGAAUACUCGCAGCGCCGUCCAAGAAUUGGAAACGAUUCUCGGUGAACCCGUGCAGAAAUAUUUGUAAACUGAUUUAGAGCCUUUUUCUUUAACUAUGCUUAGACAAUGUAAAUUUUAAAAUCAUUUUUACUCAUACUGCUGACGUUCAUAUUUUCUUAAUAGGAUUCAAUUCCAUGUUUAAUGUAUUAAUAAUUAAUUUUUCAACUGUUAACUGAGUGAAGAGAUCUAAUUAGUCGAUGAGCAUUUGAAUUUCUACAUUGAUUCAAAGGGAACAAAAUAUACUAUUUUUGCAAAACAAAA